AUAUCCGAUCAUAUACAGUCCAUCGAGAGAAAAUCUAGCAGAAAGCUACUCAUCCCCGGAGAUUUAGCAUGGCGGCAUCGUCGGCGAGGGUAGAUCUGGACGGAAAUACGAUAAAUCCGUUCACAAUAUGCAUGAUUGGUGCCGGUGGAUUCAUUGGCUCACACUUGUGUGAGAAAUUGUUGACGGAGACGCCGCACACUGUCUUGGCGGUGGACGUUUACAAUGACAAAAUCAAACACCUUCUCGAGGGGCCGGAUUCCCUUCCUUGGGCUGGUCGCAUCCAGUUCCACCGCCUCAACAUUAAGAAUGAUUCGCGCCUCGAAGGUCUUAUCAAGUGCUCCGAUCUGACAGUAAAUCUAGCCGCGAUCUGCACACCGGCGGACUACAAUACGCGUCCUCUUGAUACGAUCUACAGUAAUUUCAUCGACGCUCUCCCUGUGGUUAAGUACUGUUCAGAGAAUAACAAGCGGCUCAUUCACUUCUCCACUUGUGAAGUAUACGGGAAAACCAUUGGUAGCUAUCUUCCCCAAGAUAGCCCCUUGCGACAGGAUCCUGCUUACUAUAUCCUUAAAGAAGAUACAUCCCCUUGCAUUUUUGGCCCAAUUGAGAAACAAAGGUGGUCUUAUGCAUGCGCAAAACAAUUGAUCGAGAGGCUAAUCUAUGCUGAGGGUGCUGAAAAUGGCCUUGAAUUCACCAUUGUUAGACCUUUCAACUGGAUGGGCCCUAGGAUGGAUUUCAUUCCAGGGAUUGAUGGUCCCAGUGAAGGUUUUCCCAGGGUUCUUGCUUGCUUUAGCAAUAAUCUUCUCAGACGUGAGCCUUUGAAGCUAGUUGAUGGUGGUGAAUCUCAAAGGACCUUUGUCUAUAUCAAGGAUGCCAUUGAAGCUGUUCUUUUGAUGAUUGAGAAUCCUGCUAGAGCUAAUGGUCAUAUCUUCAAUGUUGGAAACCCCAAUAAUGAAGUUACAGUGAGGCAGCUAGCUGAAAUGAUGACCAAGGUUAGUGAAAAGGGUAUUUUGGGAAAGUAAAAGUUUGGUCCUGUCCUAAG